GAAGGAUAUUGCGGAAACACUGAAUGGAAGUUGAGGGAAAGCCGGUCAGCUACAGUUCACAAGUGGACAAUGUGAGAAAUCCCUCCAGCCAUGUGUGCGUGACUGGCCUUCAGAAAACGGAAACAAGUGACAAAUCGUCAGGAAUAUGGCCCAGGCCACUUGCUUUGACAUGGGCACUGAUGCUGCUGCUGCUCACCGGCUUGCUCCACUGGGCUCGGAUGGCCAUGCCGGUGUGUGUGGUUACAAUGGCGCAACAAUUCGGGUGGAGCAAGACGGAGUCUGGGCUGGUUCUGGGCUCCUUCUACUGGGGCUACUGCUUCACACAAGUGUUAGGAGGCCAUGCCAGUGAUAAGAUUGGUGGAGAGAUAGUCCUGUUACUUUCCACUUGUUCCUGGGCAAUUGUGACCUCAAUCACUCCACUUCUGGCUGACGUAGGACCCCCGCUCAUCACGAUGAUGCUGGCCAGGUUCCUCCUGGGUGUGCUGCAAGGUGUUCACUAUCCUUCUCUCACAAGCGUCUGUGCACAGCGUGUGGUUGAGGGAGAGAGGGGCUUUAUGAUGAGUACGUUAAGCUGUGGCUGCUAUCUGGGGAUGCUGAUGGUAGGGGGAGUGGGCUCAGUCAUGUUGGAGUGGUAUGGCUGGCAAAGUGUGUUCUAUGGACCUGGUCUACUUUCUGCACUGUGGGUCUUCUGCAUAUGGAAAUGUCUACUCAGAGGACCAAUAAUCACGUUUGGGUCUUUAUGGAGUAUCCCUGUGUCUGCAUCUCAAGUGAAGCCCAUGAAGAACGCUUGGCUUCAUCUGUUCAAGCAGCCCUGUGUGUGGGCUAUGGUAUUUGCACAUCUCUGCUACAGCAGUACCUACUUCACACUCAUGUCUUGGCUACCAACUUUCUUCAAAGAAACAUAUCCUCACGCAAAGGGCUGGGUGUUUAAUGUGAUCCCCUGGUUCAUGGCCAUACCUUCUUCCAUGUUUGGUGGCACUAUAUCAGAUCAUCUCAUCAGAGAAGGGUUUGAAACAGUGACCAUCAGGAAAACCAUGCAAUUCUGCUCUAUGGGACUUGCAAAUGUGUUUACUGUCCUGUUGUGUAAGACUACUGUCUUCUUCCACGCUUUGGUCCUUGUCUCAGCUUCCAUAGGCCUGUCCACUUUCCAUAACAGUGGUGUAGCAGUAAAUGUGCAUGAUUUGGCCCCAUCAUGUGCUGGAGCACUCUAUGGUAUUAUGAACACAUGCGCUGCAUUCACAGGUCUGCUAAUGGUCUACAUCUCUGGCUACCUGAUUGAGGUCACUGGGUCCUGGGAAACUGUGUUUAUACUCCUCUCUUUGGUGAACUUCAUUGGGAUAACUGUGUUUAUUAUAUUUGGUGAAGCAAAGCGUGUGGACCAAAAAGAUCAGUCCCAAGUGAUAGAGGUCUAAACACAGUACUGUAGUGAUACAUCAGUCAUAUAAGAGCAUUCUGUAUCCUGUGUCAUGUGUUUAAAUAGGGAUUAAAUAAACAACCAGACCAUAAUUUUAUUAUAGUUAUGCCUGCAGGCUUCGUUCACAGAUUCAACAUAUUUCAUUAAUUUAUUAGGAAUUUAAUGAAGUGUGACUUUGCUUUUAUUUGAAUGAACUUGAACUAUUUUGUACAUCAACAUUUUUGUAUAACUACCUUAAGUGCAAGAACAUUUAAAAAGAUUAA